GGAGUGGUGCUGAGGCAAGGGCUGCAGGACUUCUAGUACCUGAGCCUUCAGCCAGAGACGUUUUCUCCAAAGGAGUGGAUUCCAAGCCUGCUUGGUAGCACUGGUGGCAGGGAGUGACCAUGGGCAAGCUGCUGUGGUGUUUCCUGAUCUUGGUCAGCUUCUCUAAUAUGUCCGACCAGAAAGGCAUGCACAAGAAGGCCUUUGUGUUCCCCACAGCGUCAGAUAAUUCCUACGUGUCCCUGAACACACAGUUAAAGAAGCCACUCAAAGCCUUCACUGUGUGCCUCUACGUCUACACCGAUCUGUCCACGACUCGUGGGUACAGUAUUUUCUCCUAUGCCACCGAGGAACAAUUUAACGAGAUUCUCCUAUUUUGGUCCAAGGACAUAGGAUAUAGUUUUUCCGUGGGUGGAGAUGAAAUAAUAUUCAAGGUUUCUGACGUCCCUGUGGAUCCAACUCACCUCUGUGCAAGCUGGGAGUCCAUCACAGGCAUUGCAGAGCUCUGGGUAGAUGGGAAGCCCAUGGUGAGGAAGAGUGUGAAUAAGGGCUACUUUUUGGGGUCAGAAGCAAGCAUCAUUCUGGGGCAGGAUCAGGAUUCGUUUGGUGGAAGCUUUGAGGAACAGCAGUCUUUGGUGGGAGACAUUGGAGAUGUGAACAUGUGGGACUUUGUGCUUUCACCACAAGAGAUAAAUACUGUCUAUGCUGGUGGGAAAUUCAGUCCCAAUGUCCUAAACUGGCGGGAGCUGACAUAUCAAGUACAUGGUGAAGUGUACGUCAAGCCCCAGCUAUGGCCCUGAGCCUCUGCCAUGGAUCCUGCAGGUGCUUCCUGGGGUUACACCUCAUAGGCCUCAUACUUCUGUCUGUGGACCUUUCCCCCCUGCAUAUACUGAAUGCCUGCUAUAUAAACAUAGCUUCCUAGCUUUGCCUUCUUCAACACCAGAGAAUACAAAUUAAAUAUCUGGGGAUCUUGUGAACUACAUUGGGAAGCUUUGUCCAGAAGAAUCACAAUUACAGAUGUUUUGGCUUUUAUUUUUAUUUUUUAAGUUGAAAAGAUCUUACAGAUAAUCCUUUACUUUCACUUAGAUGAGAAAAUUGACACCUAGAAAGGAGAAGCUACUUUUAAGUCACAAGGCAGGUUCACCACUUACCUGGGAAGAGGACAUUGGUCUUCUGACUCUUUACAGGACAACCCACCACCUCCAGAGAUUAGAAGGGAGUUGCCCACAUUCACAAGGCUAUUCACUCUCAGAAUUAGGCUAUCAGCCUAGGUCUGCUGGAUUCAGAGUUCACAGUGCUCAUUCUACCAUGGAACCAGUGGGCCCAGUCUUCUGAAAUAGAAGAUCCAGCAAUACGGUGUCAUUCUUCCACUUUCUCAAAGUACCCCGGAAAGGCUAUCAGAAUUGCCUUAGAGAGAAGGCUUGCCUUUUUUUUUCUGGGCAAAAGUGGCAUCUGGGUAUAGCCAAGAAAUUAGGUAACAGGGGUGUUUGCUUGCUUAUAACGCUUUCUUAACACUAUGGUUUUUCUGGGAGACCCUUCCCCCACUCCCUGUGUGGUACCGUGACCUUUUCCUCCACUCCCACAUACCCAACAUAUUCAGGCCACAAGAGUCAGGGUGAGAUCCAGGCUGUCCUAACAGAGCAGCCCAUCUCUCCAUGGAUGGCUGCAUGUUGCUAGCAGGAGCAAUUAUAGUCUCCCCCUGGGAUUCAGUGUGGACUUUGGGGAUAAGACGUCAUCUUUCGGCUGGAAUUCUAACCUUAGAAGGCAUGAACCUGGGGCCACCAGCAGCCAUCUUGAUGACCAUGUGGAGGAAGAUGGAGAAGAAAAAAGCCAAGCUGGAAGAGCUGAGAGCUUGACAGAGUUACGGAAUCUGGACCACAGUGAGGCUUUGAGUCAGCCUUGCAUGGAACCAAAUCUAUACCUGGACUUCCUGGGUCUGUGACUAAUAUAGCUUUUGCUUACCUGGGUGAAUUUGAGCUGUUUUCUGAUGGUUGCAUUAGAGGUCUGACUUAUUUAUGGGCACUCUGAAACCAAGUCCCUGUGAGCUCAGACUGACCAUUGCUGUCCUUGCAAGGGAGAAUCCAUGGCACUCUAAUCUCACCUGGAGUCUCCUGCAGAGAUUCUUACUGACAGGUAUAGCCCUCUUUGGGAACAAUUAGUCAUUCAUGUGGGGCCAGCUGUGGGGGUCUUAACGAUCUUAUUCUAUUGUGAUUCUAGUUUGAGAAAAAAAAAUAAAGACCAUUGAGAAGCUCAAA